GGCGGUAACCACUGCGGCUCUUACUACGGUGUCUCACCCCCGUUACGCUCCACUCGUCUCGGAUACUCGCGACAGGAGUCAGACCCUCAGACCGAAGCCUCCAGUCGAGCUGUCAGGCCGCAGACAUGGCUGCCACGGCGGCUCCGAAGCGACAGGACACCCGCAAAUUCUUCGAGAAUCUGUCCGGGGAGGGAAAAUCCAUCGGGGUGCUGACCAGCGGUGGAGAUGCGCAAGGGAUGAACGCAGCCGUCCGGGCCGUCGUCCGAAUGGGAAUCUACGUCGGAGCAAAGGUCUACUUCAUCCACGAGGGCUACCAGGGGAUGGUGGACGGCGGAGAUAACAUCAAAGAGGCGUCGUGGGAAAGCGUCUCCAGCAUGCUGCAAGUGGGCGGUACGGUCAUCGGCAGCGCUCGCUGUAAAGAGUUUCGUACCCACGAGGGCCGACUGAGAGCUGCACACAACCUGGUGACGCGCAGCAUCACCAACCUGUGUGUGAUCGGUGGAGACGGCAGCUUGACCGGAGCCAAUCUGUUCAGGGAGGAGUGGAGCGGCCUGUUGAGUGAGCUCGUCCAGCAAGGUCGGAUCGAUGAGGAGGCCGCCCGCAGUAACUCUGUGCUCCACAUCGUCGGCAUGGUCGGCUCCAUCGACAACGACUUCUGCGGCACCGACAUGACCAUCGGCACCGACUCCGCCCUGCACCGGAUCAUCGAGGUGGUGGACGCCAUCAUGACCACCGCUCAGAGCCACCAGAGGACGUUUGUGUUGGAGGUCAUGGGGAGGCACUGCGGAUACCUGGCCCUGGUCAGUGCCCUGGCCUGUGGAGCCGACUGGGUUUUCAUCCCAGAAAUGCCUCCUGAUGACGGCUGGGAGGACACCAUGUGUCAGAAACUCUCUGAGAGUCGAUCUCGAGGUUCCAGGUUGAACAUUAUCAUAGUCGCUGAAGGAGCCAUCAACAGACAAGGACAACACAUAACCUCUGAUUUUGUGAAGGAUCUGGUAGUGAGCCGCUUGGGCUUCGACACCAGGGUCACUAUCCUGGGUCACGUGCAGAGAGGUGGGACCCCCUCCGCCUUCGACAGGAUCCUGGCGAGCCGUAUGGGCGUGGAGGCCGUGCUGGCGUUACUGGAGGCGUCUGCCAACACCCCGGCCUGCGUCGUGUCUCUGGUUGGCAACCAGGCCGUCCGACUGCCGCUCAUGGAGUGCGUUCAGAUGACCCAAGAAGUGCAGAAGGCCAUGGACGAGAAGAAAUUUGAGGAGGCGGUCAGACUGCGCGGCAGGAGCUUUGAAAACAAUCUGACCACCUAUAGACUCCUCUCCUACCGCAAGGCAGACUCUGAACUUCCAAAUAGCUCCUUUAACGUGGCGGUGUUGAACGUCGGCGCUCCUGCAGCAGGGAUGAACGGCGCCGUGCGUGCCGCUGUCAGAGUGGGAAUCACCGAAGGACACAAGAUGUUUGCGGUCAGCGACGGCUUUGAGGGAUUCCACAAAGGACAGAUCAAGGAGAUCAAAUGGGGAGAUGUAGGAGGCUGGACCGGCCAGGGAGGUUCUCUGCUUGGGACGAAAAGAACUCUUCCAGGAAAACAUCUGGAUAAGAUCGCGGAGCAGAUGAGGAUCCACAACAUCAACGCUCUGCUCGUGAUUGGAGGAUUUGAGGCCUUAGAGUCCCUGCUGGAGCUGUACGAGGCCCGGUCCAGCUACGAGGAGUUUUGCAUCCCGAUGUGCAUGCUGCCCUGCACCAUUAGUAACAAUGUGCCGGGCACUGACCUCAGUAUCGGAGCGGACACGUCCCUCAACGCCAUCGUGGAGACGUGUGACCGCAUCAAGCAGUCGGCCAGCGGCACCAAGCGCCGGGUCUUCAUCAUCGAGACCAUGGGCGGGUACUGCGGAUACCUGGCCACGGUGGGCGGCCUGGCUGCAGGAGCCGACACCGUCUACAUCUACGAGGAGCCGUUCGACAUCCGCGACCUCCAGGCCAACGUGGAGCAUCUGACGCAGAAGAUGAAGACGACCAUCCAGAGGGGCUUGGUGCUCAGAAACGAGAACUGCAACGAGAACUUCACCACUGACUUCGUCUACCAGCUGUACACCGAGGAAGGACGAGGAGUGUUCGACUGCAGGAAGAACAUCCUCGGCCACAUGCAGCAGGGAGGAGCUCCGUCUCCGUUCGAUAGGAACUUUGGCACCAAAGUCGCUGCUAAAGCCAUCCAGUGGAUCACGCAGACCCUCAAGGAGUCGUACAAAGGAGGGAGGGUGUUCGCCAACUCGGACGACACCGCCUGCCUGCUGGGGAUGCGUCGCAGAGCUCUGGUCUUUCAGCCCGUGUCGCAGCUCCGGGAUGAGACUGAUUUUGUCCACAGGAUCCCGAAGGAGCAGUGGUGGCUGAAGCUCCGUCCCCUGAUGAAAAUCCUCGCCAAGUACAAGACGAGCUACGACGUGUCCGACUCGGGCCAGCUGGAGCACGUGACCCGCUUCAGACCCAAAGAGAGCAAGACCUCGGCGGCCAUCUGAGGCGUCCGCGGGCGACGCCGCCGGCUUCACUCCGACGGGAAAACGGCUUCACGAUAAUAAAAAAAAAAAACACAAACAAAAAAACAGUGACAGCUGCUGACACAGCCACUGAACGACUGCCGAUUGACUGCACACACAUUAAGGUAGAUUUUAAAAUGUCGUACGGUGACGACGAGGCACUUUUCAGAGGGGAUCUUCUAGGUUAGACCAUUACAUCAAAUUUGAGGUUUCAGAUAUAAACACUUAGUUUAAACACGCUAGCAGCGCUAACAGAGUACUUUCUAGAUCCCCAAAGUUAUUAUAUACCUAAAAUAAUAUAUAAAAUAUAUAUAUAUGCACUUCUCAUUAUGUACUGUAUAGGUAUUAAAGUUUUAGUCCCAAAUUGUAGCUGAAAUUGUUUUGUUUUUUUAAAGAUACCUAGCGGAGCUGAAACAAAGCAAGGCUGAGGUGCUUUUUAAAGUAGCUUUUGUCAUUUUUAUGUCCUACAGCACUUUGAGCCCCAUGAUAAAUGUAACCCCCCCCCUCCUCCCAAAGCUGCUUUUAAAGAGGGAAUAUACGCCAGGAGGACCACAGCCUGCUCAAGGUCUAACAUCGUGAUUGUGAAACGCUGAAAACUUGAACGCAGCCUGCAGGAUGUUCAGUGUUCGGGCCUUUCAGGGCUGAACCGUCCGUGUCCUGCCACCUGCUAAUGUUCGUCAUGAGUGCGCGUCGUGUCGUCACCUUCGCCGUCUGUAUCCACCCCCCGGCUUUUGUUUAUGUGGCAUCUUUAUAGUGGUCGUUAGCGUCCAGUUUGUUGCUGUAGUUUGGCAGUGAGGUGGUUUGAGGGGGGAAUAAAAAUAAAUAAAUAGAAAUGUCUGGAACUACUCAACGUAUUGUGCUGGCAAGUGUGAUGUGAGUGUCCUGUCAGAGUAAUAAAGUAUUUACUGUGUGGAAA